AUGUAUGUGACAUACUAUGCUCGCUACAACUAUGGGGAUAAUUUGGUGAAGAUUUUUUGCAAUGCAGUUGAGAGAAGUUGUGGUCAAGUAGAAGAUAUUAAUAUUGAGGAAAUAGGAACCGAUGAUCUUCUUAAAUAUAUAGUUGAUAAUUGUGCGUGUCACCUGCGAUGCUUGCGGCUUGCAAAUUGUGCUAGACUCUCGGAAAGAGGUUUUAUUGAAGCUGUAAAGAAACUGUCACAAUUAGAGGAGAUUGAGCUUUCUCAUAACCUUCAAUUGUCUAAUGAUUCUCUUGAAGUUGUUGGCCGAUGCUGCCCUCUUUUGAAAUCACUAAAAUACAGUUUGCUGCCUUCGGACUACAUCGGGCAAGAUGUGUGCUCAUUUGCUAUUGCCAAAACAAUGCCAAGAUUACUUCAUCUUAAAAUAUCUGGAGAUAUGCCUGGUGAUGAUGGUAUUCAAGCUAUUCUUGAUGGAUGUCAUCUUCUUGAGUCUUUUGACUUGGGAGGAUGUUAUGCUUAUUAUUAUAGCCAAAGUUUAGAGAAAAGGUGCCGUGAACAAAUUAAUUUUUUUGUACCUCCAACACAAGAUUGUGAUUCUUCAGACUAUGAUUCUUAUUGGGAUGUUGGAAGUAUAAAUUCUAAUUGGUCUUGGUAUGAGGACUGUGAUUUUGAUAUUUAA